AUGUCCGCCCUUAGAAUCCUCGUGCCCGUGAAGCGGGUCAUUGACUAUGCUGUCAAGCCCCGCGUCAACAAGGCCCAGACGGGCGUCGAAACGGCCGGCGUCAAGCACUCGAUGAACCCCUUUGACGAGCUCUCGGUCGAGGAGUCGGUCCGCAUCCGCGAGAAGAAGCGCGCGCCCGGCGGUGUCGAGGAUAUCACUGUCAUCUCGGCGGGCCCCCCCAAGGCUGUCGAUGUGCUGCGGACCGCCAUGGCCAUGGGCGCCGACCGCGCGAUCCACGUCGAGACCAAGGAGGGCGACGACCUCGAGCCGCUGAGCGUGGCGAAGCUGCUGCGCAAGGCCGCCGAGGAGCACAAGAGCAACCUCGUCAUCCUCGGCAAGCAGAGCAUCGACGACGACGCGAACCAGACGGGCCAGAUGCUGGCCGGCCUUUUGGGCUGGUCGCAGGCGACGUCGGCGAGCGUCGUCGAGUUUGGCGAGGGGGACAGCGUCAGCGUCACGCGCGAAGUUGACGGCGGCGUCGAGACGGUCAAGGGAAAGCUGCCGAUGGUCAUCACGACGGACCUGAGACUCAACGAGCCGCGGUACGCGAGUCUGCCGAAUAUCAUGAAGGCCAAGAAGAAGCCGCUCGAGAAGAAGAAGCUGGCCGACUACGGCAUUGGAGUCGAGAAGCGGUUGAAGGUGCUGAAGGUUACCGAGCCUCCCGUGCGCCAGGGCGGUGGCAAGGUCGAGGACGUCGACGGCCUCGUUGCGAAGCUCAAGGAGCUCGGUGCCUUGUAA